AUGAAUUCUGCACAGGUCACCGAGGAACCAUUUCCGGCCCAGUCGAAGCGGGCCACUGGGCCAAUCGACGGCGUUGCUACCGAGGCUUCCUCCCUCUUCUUCUCCGACAAGAUACUCGUGACCCUCUCCCAGGAAGGCAGACUGUCACAAUGGAUUCAAGUACCGCUCUCGGCCCCUUCGCCUGCUGCUGUAGACAUGGCUCUGGCGAAUGCGAGUCUACUACCCAUGUCUCAUCUCACACCAAAGACAUUGCUGGGUGGUGGAGGCGAGGAACGAGAAUCUCUGGCUCAACUAUAUGCUGUCCAGAUCGCCAGCCACAUCGCAAGAGCAAACUCUGAGGAACGGCGUACUCUAGUCGUGGGACUUGGACUCCAAAGACUGCGGCCUGAGCGAGAAGCCUUCUUUGACGUGCUUGAGCUGAUCCAAAAGGUGCUGUGA